GCCUCUAAAGUGCAGAGACCGCGAUGAAGGCGGCGGCAUCGCGUGCGUGAGUUCGCGGGACGCAGCCGCCGAGCAUGUCGCCCUACGUCUACGAGCGCCUCCUCGCCUCGCCCUGCCUGGCCGCGGGAAGAAGGCUAAAGCUGCGCGCCCUGGCCAAGCAGGACCGCGAUCAGACGCCGGCGUUUGUCUCGGUGCGAUGGUUUGGCGCUGGGCCGUGGGGGGGGCGUCAACUGGGCCCACCCCCCCGACGUCUUGCUGCCCCCAUUGCCCUGCCCAGCUUCCCCCAUGGCUGCCCUCGGGGCCUCCGCUGCCUUCCCGAGAGACCCGAGCUGAGGCCCCUGCUGUGCUGGUCCCUAGAAAUGAGCCGAUCACCUGACUUCAUCACCCGGCCCGUACCGAAGGAGGCGAUGGCCUUGAUGUCGCCCGGCAUGUCUGCUCCCCUCGAGUGGAUGUUGUUGGGCCCCUUCACGGCCGCCGACGGGAGCCAGCGGGAUGACAUCGCGGUGCGCCACAGCCUCGACUGCGUGGGGCCACCGGGCCACCCGAUGACCCGUUCCCUCGACGGUCCGCGGCGGGACGGUGCGCUGAAGGCUGUGGGCGGCUUCUGGCACGGACCGCCCGGCCCGGCGUCGAAAGUGUCGCCGUGCCCGCCCGUGGUAUUGACGCCGGAAGAGCCGCGGCGAGGACCGGUGGCCCGGAUGGAAUUUCCUUCGGGGGGCAACCCCGCCGAGGUGGCGCCACCCCCCACGUCCCCGCGGCAUCGUCGAUCGGCGCUCUCCGCUCGCGACGACCCCCGGCACUCGCCGGCGGCCACGGCCGCGGGGGCAGCCGCCCCUCUCCAUCUCGAGCUGACGCCAAGCGGCUCGGAACUCGACUCUUCUCGCUCGGCUUUGCUUGCCGCCGGCAACGGAUACGGCCCCUCGCCGUACGGCGUUGUAGAGCCAGGUUUCCCCGACUUCACCGACUUUGCCGACUGCGCCGGGAGCUGUGCUGGCGACCACGGCCGCCACCGGCUGAGCUUUGCCGCCGCGACGGCGCCGCGGGGGUCGUCGGCACGGAGCGGCCGUGCCGGGGGAGGCCGCGGCGGGGACAUGCAGGAGCACCUCAUCAACGUGCACAGCGCCCUGCAGCACGAGCUGCCCCACUUCUUCAUGAAGAGGCACAACUUCAAACUCUACUCGUCAAACGUCGUCUUCAUUGUCGAGUUCCUCCGUCUCAAGACGAGAGGCGUGGUGCUGUACCAGCUCUCCCUCUCGCUGCUGAACCUCCUCUACUCCCUCUACUUCGUGGACGCCCAAAUGGAGGUGCUCAGCCUCACGCGCCACGACGACAGCGCCAGCGUGCAGGCGCGCUGGCGCCUGCGGGGGCUGCCCUUCCACGUCUUCCUGCUGCGGUUCUACCGCCGCGACAAAUCCACGCUCUACAGGUACUAUGAUGCACACUCCACCUUCUACGUGGGGCCAGACGGACUCAUACACUGCCACAAGGUGGCCAAGCUGAUGCCGGUGAACCCCACGGAGCACAAGCUGACUGGGCUCACCCUGGGGGUGCUGGGGGCGCUGGGGCUGCAGGAAGAGCGGCCGGCACUCAGCUUCCUGACCCCGCUUCUGGCGCCGCUCACUCGCGGCCCUUCCUGCCCCUCCGUCUGCUGUUCCUCCUCCUCCUCUCCACCGCCAUCCUGCGCCAGCGCCGGACACUCAUGAGCGCAGCGGUCACCGGCUUCCUCUCGCGGGCGCACACACGUGCGCACUCGCUCAUACACUCGCACACGUGCACACACACAUACGUGCACACAUACGCGCACACACACACGUGCGCACUCGCUCAUACACGCGCGCGCACACAUACGCGCGCACACACAUACGCGCGCACACACAUAUGUGCACGUGACACACAAAGACCCCCAUAUAGCCUGAACAGACUGUUGGGGCAAGUGCUGUUAGAGAGCACCUAUGAACACCACGCCUGACCGCCUUUGUUUCGCAAUGUAUUUACACACCGCACCGGAUACUCAUUUGAAGCUGAGUCAACCUAGGGGAGGCCCAGGACCGGUUAAAGAUAAUCAUCACUGGUAUUGGCCGUGAGUGGGAAUCGAAAUCAGGUCACCGGGUUCAUAGUGCAGCGCGCUAUCAGCGAAUCGGCUACACUACCGCUCCCCAUAAUGAUCUACUUGGCACACGAGUACAACACAUAUACUCGUAUGCAGCCUCGUGUCACAUGCGUCAAAAUAUUUUUCCCAAUCGUACAAGUUCAUGUACGGUGGGCCCGCUUGGGUUCCUGCAGCCACCAGAGGCACUACCAUUCACCACAAUAUUAAAACGUGAAUCAGUUCUUGAAUGGUAUUGGUUGUCAACAUCGGAACCGGUUUUCAACAUCGGAACUGGUGAAAGGAAGGUGGGUGGUGUUAGCCAGACUCUUUGAGCACUGUGCAGACCGCCUUAAUUGGUACUCACUAACAACACCUGCUCCAGAACUAUGGAGGUUAAAACUGAGGAUCUUAAUUGUGUACGUCAUACGCUGAGUUGAGGCGCAGCCACGAGUGACUUGUGACCAGAACGUUAUUUAUGACUGAAUAUUUGCCGGGUCACUGGUAGCCGCAGCCGAUAGCGCCAGGCUAUGUGCACCUUUUAUUUAACCGUUAAUGUUGCAGGACUGAUUUAGGCCGAGGUGCCUGUCGCCCCCCCCUCCGCCCUACCCUCUUGCUUGGAUGCCACAACCCAGGGAGCUCACUCGAGCCAAGCAGGAUGUCGAGGCGAGGAUUUGCGGCCUGCUUAAGCCGUGGAAAAUUAAGAAGUUGAACGUGUCGUGGGAGGCCGACGUUUAUGAAUGAAUGUAAAAUCGUGAAGUUAGUUUCCUUGAACGAUAAAAUAGUGUUGCCAGUGUCGUGAUCCUAAAUUUAAAAAGGGGCAAAGUGAUUUUCUGCUUAAAUGAGCUUUGAGGCUUUGGUGGAAAAUUCCACAUUCUCAUGGCGGGUGCAAACCCAUUCACAGGGAGGGGAGAGAAAAAAACGAUGACUUCUCCACAAAGUUGUAGAUAAUUUUAUCCACCCCAGAGUGAGGGAUGGGCUGAGUCAACAACCAGGAUUCGAAACUCUCGACCUACCCACUCGCCCGCCUGCCCACCGCUCCGAUGUCCUGUAGAGACACGGCUGCUCCUGACGGGAGGCGACAAAAGCCAUGUGACCUGGUAACGGCCAAUCGCAGCGCAGCUCUUGCAUUGUCACUUUAUAAUCUAAAUCGGCUCAAGCCUCCCGCAAACCACGCGGCUUCCGUGUGGUUACCCCCACACUGAAUCCCCUCUCAUCUAUAUAUCUCCAAGCUUAAAGCCUCCCGUAAACCACGCGGCUUCUAUGAAUGGUCAACAUCAUUCUGAAUUGUCCCCCUCUCCCCGUCGUCCGCCGUGUAAAUGGACGCUGCUCCUCUGUUCCGUGGGGCAUCAGCCGCGUCGAGGUCUUCGUGUAGCCCCUUCCGAUCCAUCCUCACCUCUCCUGACCCAAUGCUCCAGUUUCUCCCUUUCCCAUUUCCCCCUUUGGUCUCGAUUCUUUCCAACCUCCACGUUACCCACCUGACUCCACUGCCCUUCACCUGGUGCUUGCGGCCCACAACAAUUUACCGGGUCAGGCGAAGGUGUGCGUGUGCGCACGUUUAUGUAGAUGCAUAAAUUAUAAUCAGUGAUUGAUUAAGUUCACAAGGCGCACAGGGUAUCGCACACAGGUGUAGGUAAUCGAUUUUCAUCGUGACCCCCCCUCCCUCCCUCCAACCGCUAUAGGCCGCCAUAGCAUUCACUGCAAUGCUCUUCUUGAAUCGAAUCGCGACAAGGAAUCAUGACAGUUGACGGGGGCGAGUGGUCGGACCCGGGGUGGGGUCUCAGACUUGUCAGCCGGGGGUACACGCCAGGCGUGGAGAUGCGUUCGGGGUUGCUGGUAUGGUAGUUGGGAGUGCAGGCGUCACUUGACCGCAGGUGGUGACCCACCCCCCAGAGACAGGAUAUGUUUGUAUGGAUGUUGAACUUCUUUCGCACCGACGUACGUAGCCACCGUGCGAAGCGGAGGUGCGGGGGAAAGGACAACAAAC